AACGGAAACUGCCAUCCGAAAGACAAAUCUAUUUUGCUCUCCGCUGUUUAUAUCGACGCCCACCAUUACCACACCACCGUCUUCCCGUCUCCCCCAGCCUAGGGUUUCGCCUGCCCACCGCCUAGGGUUUCGCCUCCACCCGCCCCGCCUCCGGCCGUCGCCUCAGAUCCCACCGCCGCAGGCCCCCGAUCCUCCUCCGUCGCUCGUCGCCGAUCCCGCCGAGCUCCGAUUCGCGCCCUCCCUACCCGCCGGAACGCCCCGUGCUCCAGCGUCCGCACGCGCGUGGGGGCAGAUCUAGCUUUUGGGAGGCCCUCUUGGUGCAUGAGAAGGCCGCUAGGGUUUGGGAAGAAUGGAGGUGGAGACGGCGAGGAGGGACGCGGCAGCGCUGGACCCGGAGCUGCUGCAGCUGCCGGAGCUCGCGCCGGGCGCGCUCCGCGAGAACUCCAGCAUACCCGAGGCGCUCUACUCGCAGUGGCUCGCGUUCCCGGAGACGUACAAGAUGGUAAAGUCUUUGAUUGAGGAUGCAAAAGCUGGUGCUACACUAAAUGUUGCUGGGAGCUCUGCUAGCACAAAUGCUGCUUCAAGUAGUUCUUUACCGUCAAUGUUUCCUGCUGGUAGCGCUCCUCCACUUUCUCCUAGGAGCACUUCUGGCUCUCCCCGUGUUAUGAGACGAGGAUCUGGAGCUGGACCAUCGUCUUUUGGUUCUCCACUAAAAUUAGUUAGCGAACCAGUGAGGGAGGUUAUACCCCAGUUUUACUUCAAGAAUGGACGUCCUCCUUCAAAAGAUCUGAAGGAGCAAUGCUUAUCUAGAAUAGAUCACCUAUUUUUUGGUGGGGAGGGGCUUCAGAUUCAAGAAUUCAGAUCAGUGACAAAAGACAUAUGCAAGCUUCCUUCAUUCUUCUCUAGUGUUCUUUUCAAGAAAAUUGAUGUUGCAUGCACUGGAACCGUCUCAAGGGAUGCAUUUGUUGAUUACUGGAUCAAUGACAAUAAGAUUACUAUGGAUAUGGCUAGUCAAAUAUUUGAAAUAUUAAGGAAGCCGGGUUACAACUAUCUCACUCAGGACGACUUUAAGCCUGUCCUAAAAGAACUACUGGCAACUCACCCUGGCUUAGAGUUCUUACAAGGCACUCCAGAGUUUCAGGAGAGAUAUGCGGAGACUGUGAUAUACAGAAUCUUUUACUCCAUAAAUAGAUCUGCAAAUGGCCAUCUUACGCUCAGAGAACUCAAGCGUGGAAAUUUAAUUGCUGCGCUUCAGCAAUUGGAUGAGGAAGAAGAUAUCAACAAAGUGUUGAGAUACUUCUCAUAUGAGCACUUUUAUGUGAUCUACUGCAAAUUUUGGGAGCUGGACACAGAUCAUGAUAUUCUGAUUGAUAAAGAAAACCUUAUCAGAUAUGGAAACCAUUCAUUGACAUAUAGAAUAGUUGAUAGAGUUUUUUCACAGGUCCCAAGGAAAUUCACAAGCAUGACAGAAGGAAAGAUGGGUUAUGAAGACUUCGUUUACUUUAUAUUGUCAGAGGAAGAUAAAUCUUCUGAGCCUAGCCUUGAAUACUGGUUUAAGUGCGUUGAUCUUGAUGGUAAUGGUAUUUUAACUUCCAAUGAAAUGCAAUUUUUCUACGAGGAGCAGUUGCACCGUAUGGAGUGCAUGGCACAGGAGCCUGUGCUGUUUGAGGACAUAUUAUGCCAGAUGAUUGAUAUGAUUGGACCAGAGAAUGAGAGCUAUUUUACACUUCAGGACUUAAAACGGUGUAAACUCUCAGGAAAUAUAUUCAACAUUCUUUUCAAUCUCAACAAAUUCAUGGCAUUUGAAACUCGUGAUCCAUUCCUCAUUCGCCAGGAACGUGAAAAUCCAACUCUAACAGAGUGGGAUCGUUUCGCGCAUAGAGAAUAUAUUAGGUUGUCCAUGGAAGAAGAUGGCGAAGAUGCUUCAAAUGGAAGUGGUGAUGUGUGGGAUGAAUCACUUGAGGCGCCAUUCUGAAUUGUAUCUUGCUGGCUGAAUUUGGUUGGCGAUGGAUGAUUUUGUAUGGGAAGUGGAAGAAUAGUGAAGUUGGUGGCUACCCUGGUCCUGGGGAGGCCACUGAGCAGAUUCAGUAACACCAAAGGCUACUUACAAGUUUUACUGUGCAGGUCUGAUUCGAUAUUUCUCAGUUGUCCUGUUGUGCAAACAUUUUUGUUUGGCUGGAAAAAUUGGGUGGGAGGUUGAUGAGCGCGGCCUGCAGUGUCAAGGCAACAACCUCAACAGUCUCAAAUGGUGCUAAAGUGGAGGGCACCUCCUGGUCGCCUAGUUCCAUUUGUGUUCUGAUUGGUGCUUUAGGGGGAUGUAAAUUCAAUUGCUGUGCUUAAAUUUUGGAGCUGAACUGUUAAUGUUUGGCUGCCAUUUUCUUUGUUAAUAUUUGGAAGCACGAGCUAGCAAUUCCAUCAAUGAAUUUGAUCAUGGUAUGUAGAUUUCAGGUUCUGCUCUCUUCAGCAUGGUGUUUUGUAGUUCUUGGCUUCUUGCAAUUCUCGGUACAUUUGGGGAGGACAGAUAAGAGACAAGGCAUGGAUAUUGUUGUCAUUUUGUAACAUUACCAAGAUGUGGAUGGGGUGCAUAGUACUUUCAACAGAAAGGUAGAUUAUAUUGACAAUCCAAUUUUUGUUAACUGGUAAAUUUGGAGAAUAUUUUAGAUUGCA